AUGGAAACUGCGCAACGGGAUGCCACUGAACUUCGUGGUAAUACAAACACUGUACACAAAAUUCAUGUAAAUAAAGGACAGAAAUAUCAACACAAGUCUGAAAAAUCCCCACAAUUCCCUGCAAAGAAAAAUAACUCCAACAAGAAAUGUUUUCGAUGCACAAAAACUGGCCAUGACCCAGACAAGUGUUUUUACAAGAAUUCAACCUGUCAUGCAUGUGGUAAGGAAGGCCAUAUAGUUAAGGCAUGUUUCAGCAAGGGAAAGGAUGGAGGAAACAGGAUGGUCCAUUACAUGAAGAAUGACAACUCCGAUGAUGAGUAUAAUCAGAUAGCGUCGUUGUUUAUCAAUACCGCAAGCACUGGUAAGGCACCGAUAACUUUAACACCACACAUUAAUGGUCAUGAACUCAAAAUGGAACUAGACACUGGUUCCGCUGUGUCGGUAAUCACAGAGAAAACUUUCAAAGACAGUCUACAGGGCAAUGUGAAAGACUUAAAAAAACUAAGGCCCGACCCGUACCUUACGCAAUCCGACCCUAAAGUGGAGGCAGAGAUCAAUCGUCUAGUUGAGGAGAAUGUGUUGACCAAAGUAACCUACAGUGAAUGGGCGACUCCAAUUGUUCCGGUUAUUAAGAAAGACGGCUCCGUCCGUUUAUGUGGCGAUUUUAAGGGAACAGUCAACCCGCGACUGGAAGUUGACCAGUACCCAUUACCAAAAACCAGCGAUAUCUUCGCAUCAUUAGCCGGUGGAAAAACAUUUUCAAAACUAGAUUUGCAACACGCAUACCUGCAAAUGGAAGUGUGUGAGGAAUCAAAACCGAUUUUGACGGUUAACACUGAGAAAGGUCUGUAUCAUUUCAACAGACUGGUGUAUGGCAUUGCAUCGGCACCAGCAAUUUGGCAACGUGCCAUGGAUACUGUGCUACAGGGAAUCCCUGGAACCCAAUGCAUCACUGACGACAUGUUGAUCACAGGAGACUCUGAUGAGGAGCACCUAAGAAACCUCAAGGCUGUUCUAGAACGUCUAGACCAGUAUGGUUUGCGCCUCAAGAAGGAAAAAUGCGAGUUUUUCAAAACAAAGGUCUCAUUCUGUGGACAUGAGAUAGAUGCUGAGGGACUACAUAAGUCAGAAACGAAAGUAAAAGCGAUGAAUGAGGCACCAGCGCCCCGGGAUGUGUCAGAACUUAGAGCAUUUCUUGGGCUCGUAAACUACUACGGAAGAUUCAUUCCGAAUCUGGCAGCUGUCCUGCAUCCUCUACACGAACUCUUACAGAAGGACCACAAGUGGCACUGGAGUGAAUCGUGUCAGGCAGCAUUUGCGGAGGUCAAAGGCCUUGUGACGUCAAAGGAAGUCCUCACGCACUACGACCCAGAGAAACCUGUCAGACUAGCAUGCGACGCAUCUCCUAAAGGACUGGGAGCUGUACUUUCGCACGUCAUGAACGAUGGAAGUGAGAGACCUAUUGCUUAUGCUUCGAGAUCGCUCAACAAAGCCGAGCGAAACUAUUCACAAAUAGACAAAGAAGCAUUAGGACUAGUCUGGGGAGUGAAGUACUUCUAUAACUACAUUUUCGGAAGGAAGUUCACACUGAUAACUGACCAUAAGCCGUUAGUUUCGAUCUUCAAACCCGACAAGAGCAUCCCAGGGAUGACCGCAGCUCGUAUGCAGAGAUACGCAUUGUUUCUAUCAGGUGUACACUAUGACAUUGAAUACAAAAGCACUACAGCACAUGGAAACGCUGAUUGCUUAUCGCGUCUACCGCUAACGACACAAGGAAGUGGAGAUGAUGAAGAUGACGAAAAGGCUCUCCACUCACUGCAUGUUUCGCAGUUAGAACACUUACCUGUUACCGAAACUCAGGUUCGACGAGAAACAGCUCGCGAUCCGACUAUGAGUCGAGUACUCAACGCAGCGCAAUAUGGCUGGAAAGAAUUCCCCGACGAGGAACUGAAAAUGAAACCCUACACCAGGAGGAGUUCAGGAAUCACAUUACAUGAAGGAUGCCUACUAUGGGGCAUGAGAGUCAUCAUACCACCCAAACUACGUGACGACGUUCUACGAGAACUUCAUGAGGGACAUAUUGGGGUGGUACGCAUGAAAGCACUAGCUCGAAGCUACGUGUGGUGGCCCGGUAUAGAUGAGGCUAUUGAAAACAUUGGCAAAAGUUGUGCAGGUUGCCAGGAGGUGAAAUCUGCACCACCUAGAGCACCACUCCAUCCAUGGGAGUGGCCAUCAACACCUUGGGAAAGGAUCCAUAUAGACUUUGCUGGACCGUUUAUGGACUCUAUGUUCUUGAUCGUUGUUGAUGCUCAUUCGAAAUGGCCAGAAGUAGUUCCCAUGCGAACUACGACAGCAGAGAAAACAGUAGAUGUUCUAAGGAACAUAUUCGCUAGGAACGGAGUACCGCGCCAAGUUGUUAGUGAUAAUGGCCCACAGUUUGUGUCCGAGCACUUCAAAAACUUUAUGAAAUUGAACGGGGUCAAACACAUUACAUCAGCACCCUACCAUCCGAGUAGCAAUGGGCUCGCGGAACGUUUUGUACAAACCUUCAAGGUAGCUAUGAAGUCUAGCAGGAAAGACGGCGGCUCAACACAGAAGAAUCUCGCAAAGUUUCUUCUCGCAUAUCGAAACUCGCCUCAUGCUACGACCAACGAGACGCCCUCCAAGCUAUUUAUGGGAAGAUAUCUGACGACUCGACUUGACUUGUUGCGUCCAGACACAAGACGACGAGUGGACAAACAACAAGAUAAAAUGCGAGAAAUCAGGACGCGACUGCGCUUAUUCGAAGUAGGAGAAAAAGUGUCGGUACGCGAUUAUCGGGGUAACCGCAAGUGGUUAUCAGGUAAAAUUUCCGAACAGACCGGACCUGUUUCGUAUAGAGUCGAAAUCGCACCAGGAAUCCUGUGGCGACGUCAUGUUGACCAAAUCAGAAACGCGCAAAUUCCAGCAUCUCCACUGCCGGAAUACAUCAUGUCGAAAUCUUGCAAGCCAGCAGUGUGCCGGAAUAUUGAACCGAUUGUGUUACCUCAAACAGACACACCAUCACGUAACGUGUCUGCGCGUCAGGAUCAUCGUGCUGUCGAGAAACACUCAGAGGCACCACUUGUGGUUCCUAAUCAACCAGAGACACCAAGGGUUCCACGUCCAAUAAUUGCAUCCUUAGUUCGACCGCGAAGGAACAUUCAGCAACCAAAGAAGUUUGAUGACUUUGUGCGUUAUUGA